AUGCCCGUGUGUAACUUUUUCCUUCAGGGCCGCUGUCGUUACGGCGAUAAAUGCUGGAAUGAACACCCGAAGGGAGGGCGAGGAGGUGGAGGCGGUGGAGGAGGUGCAGGUGGAGGUGGUGGAGGAGGAUACAACAACAACUACAACAGCCGCUCCGCAGCUCCGCAGCAGCCCAGAGGAGGAGGUGGAGGUUUUGGAAAUAGAGUUUGGGUGAACCCCUCUCAGCAAAAAGGAGGCAGCUACAUCCAGCCGUCAUCCUUCUCCUCUCAUGGAACUGAUGAUUGGGGCAGAGGAGGAGGAGGAGGCAGUGACUGGGGCAGAGGAGCAGGUGGAGGUGGAGGAGGCAGUGACUGGGGCAGAGGAGGAGGUGGAGGUGGAGGAGGCAGCGACUGGGGCAGAGGUGGAGGUGGCGGAGGCAGCGACUGGGGAAGAGGAGGAGGGAGAAGAGAUAACGUCAAGAGCUCCGAAUUCAGCUUCUCUGGACAAAACCGUUAUUCAUCACUUGGUACACCCAGCACUUUUGACAAAGGAGGAAGAGGAGGAGGGUUAGGAAGGGCAGGAGGAGCAGUUGGUGAUGAAGAUGAUGACAAAAAACUGGAGAUUAUCCAGGCAGACAUUGAGGCUUGGGAGAGCUCAGGGCAGUGGGGCUUCUCUUGUUAUUCUGGCUUCAAGGCACCUUUAUCUGGUUUCACUGACCUCUCUCCAGAAGAGCUCAGGCUCGAGUAUUACUCCACAAGAGCUUCAGGAGAUCUUCAGGGAUAUAUUAAUGGUAUCAAUCAGUUGCUAAGUCAGUGGAGAAGCAGAGUCCAAGAGUUGAAGCUUAUGAAUCCAGCCACCCGUGCAGCUUUGCUUGCAGAGUUAAACAAUCCAGCACCUCAGGCGUCCUCAGGUGAUUUUGGUUCAUCAACAGUGACUGGAUUUGGGUCCUCCACAUCCAGUUUUGAAAGCAAAGGAUUUGGGGCUCCGCCACCAGCAGACGCCACCAGUUUCAGCUUUGCCGCUCCAUCUGGUGGAUUUGGUUCUCCAGCAGCAGCAGCAGCAUCCUCCACAGGUUUCGGCAACGCUACAGCAGCUCCUACACAACCUCCCUCUGGGUUUGGCUCCUCCUCUACAGCCUCCACUGCUCCUUCAUCUUCUAAUUUCUCCUUUGGAUAUCCGACCACCGACAAGCCAGCAGCUUCAGGAUUUGGCUCCGCCUCUGGGUUCAGCUUCUCCUCAACAGCAAACACCGGAGGUGGAUUCGGGAGUGGCUUUGGGGCUGAAGCACCUGCUGGGGCAGGAAGCAGCAGUUCAUUUGGACAGACGAGCGGAGGGUUUGGGGCGACUGCUGCACCUCCUGCAGCAGGAGCCGGGUCUGCUGGAGGAGCAGUGGACAGUCUGUUUUCAACUCAGAGCAACCUAACUCCUGAAGAACUGAAUCAGUUUAAGGCAAAAAGGUUUACUCUAGGUCAGAUUCCUUUGAAGCCUCCCCCAACUGAUAUGUUGGUGGUAUGAUACUGUGGGAAACAUUUAUAACUUUUAAAAAAUAAAGAUAAUUUAUACAAAGUGAGAUUUUUUUUUUGCAUAGAGUAUUUGUUAAAAGCUAAUUCAUAUAUUUCUCAUUUUCAAGAUGCAGCCAGUCAGUUUUGAUAGAAACGUGCUUGGAUCGGCUUGCAUUGGUUCUAAUUAUGAUUUUUAUUUACAAAUCAUAGAUUAAGAACACCUUCACCAUAUACAAUACAGCUUUUUAAAUUGUCUUUUUUAAGAGAGUACUAUUUUUGAGUUGGUGAACAAUUGAAUGUCUUAUACUGGUUGUAUUGUUUUGAAUAUUUUUUCCAAUGUUAACUAUCUGUUGAGAUGCUGACAGUUAGAAAAAAUCCACAGCUGGUGAUCAAGUUUAGA